AUGAUAAGUAAUUUAUUUUCAAUUUUUGACCCCUCUACUAAUUUAUUUAAUAUCCCAUUUAAUUGAAUUAGAACAAUUCUAGGAAUUAUAUUUAUCCCAUACUCAUUUUGAUUAAUUCCUAAUCGACAUUUUUUUUUAUGAAAUUUUAUUUUAUUAAAAUUACAUAAUGAAUUUAAAACUUUAUUAAAAAAUAAUUAUUUUCAAGGAUCAACUUUUAUUUUUAUUUCCAUAUUUACUUUUAUCUUAUUUAAUAAUUUUUUAGGACUAUUCCCCUAUAUUUUUACAAGAACUAGUCAUUUAACAUUAUCUUUAUCAAUUUCUUUACCUUUAUGAUUAAGAUUUAUAAUUUAUGGUUGAUUAAAUAAUUCUCAACAUAUAUUUAUUCAUAUAAUCCCUCAAGGAACACCUUCUAUUUUAAUACCAUUUAUAGUAUUAAUUGAAACAAUUAGAAACAUUAUUCGACCUGGAACUUUAGCUGUACGAUUAACAGCUAAUAUAAUUGCUGGACAUUUAUUAAUAACCCUUCUAAGAAAUAAUGGAUGUAAUAUAAGAUCAUAUUUUAUUGUAAUUCUUGUUAUAAUUCAAAUUUUAUUAUUAAUUUUAGAAUCAGCCGUUGCGGUUAUUCAAUCUUAUGUAAUUGCAAUUUUAAGUACAUUAUAUUCUAGUGAAGUAAAUUAA